CAAGAAAAUUCAUUUGCCAAAGGUUCCCCUACUACUACUUAGUUACAUGACUUGGCGGUGAUAAAACUUUGAUACGACGCUCGGCCUUACAGUGGAUAUUGUUAUUGCUCGGAGUGUAUGGACGUGUGUUUGCCAUAAUGGUGAAAGAAGACGACACUUACGUUAUUCGUGGACCUCCACCACUACACCCUCUUCUUGAUAUUUCUUUAGGAAGGUUGAUGUAUGACAGUUUUUUGACCAAUCCGAAUAAACAUGAGGCCUUAGUGGAUGCUAUUACUGGGGAAUCCAUUUCGUAUCCUAAACUACUGGAAUUAACAUGUUCUUUAGCUGAAAGUUUGAGAAAAAGCGGCUAUGGUAUUAACACCGUAGUCUCUGUUAGUAGCGAAAACAACAUACAAUUUUUUAUACCUGUUAUUGCUUCUUUGUUUAUCGGUGCCACAGUAGCUCCCGUAAAUCAUAACUAUACAGAUCAUGAAACAGUACACUCUCUCACUAUUUGUCAACCCAAAGUGGUUUUCUGUUCCAAAGCAGUUACUGAAAAAUUUGUAAACUUGAAAAAUACUAAAUUGGAUUUCAUAGAAAAAAUUAUCGUAAUUGAUAGUGACGAAGCAGUAUAUGGAGCUGAAACAAUGGACGAGUUUGUGAGAACAACGUUAAAAGGAUAUAAUCCUUUGAGGAGAUUUCAAUUGGCAGAAUUUGAUAAUAGUAAACAUAUUGCACUCAUUAUGUGUUCUUCUGGUACAACUGGACUCCCAAAGGGUGUUAUGCAAACACAUAGUAAUAUGAUGGUACGAUAUAUGCAUUCCAUAGAUCCUCGAUAUGUACGACAGGAAGAUAACUUCCUAGGAAUACUUCCAUUUUUUCAUGGGUAUGGGCUAACUACAAACUUCUUUGCACUAGCGAUGGGCCAGAAAAUUAUAGUGAUUAAGAGGUUUCAAGAAGAAUUGUUUCUUAGAACUGUACAAAACUUUAGAAUCUCAAAUCUUUGGUUAGCACCACCUUUAAUAGUCCUACUUGCCAAAAGUCCCUUGGUAGCAAAAUAUGAUUUAUCGUGUGUUAAAGAAGUAACUAGUGGAGCUGCUCCUCUAAGCAAAGACACUGAAGAAACUGUUAAAAGAAGACUGAAUGUACGGACAAUUCGACAAGGAUAUGGUUUAACGGAAGCUACCUUAGCAGUGAUUAUGAUGUCCUUAAAUGACGAAAAACCAGGUUCUUCUGGUAAAGUGGUUUCAUAUAUGUCGUGUAAAGUUAGAGAUCCAGAAACUGGAAAAUCGCUGGGUCCUGGAAAAGUUGGUGAAUUGUGCUUCAAAGGUCUGAUGGUGACACCAGGAUAUUAUAGAAAUCAGGAAGCUACUAGAGAUUCUUUUACUACGGAUGGGUGGCUUUUAACUGGAGAUUUGGCUUAUUAUGAUAAAGAAGGUUACUUCUAUGUCGUCGAUAGGUUGAAGGAAUUGAUUAAAUAUAAAGGUUUUCAGGUUGCACCUGCUGAACUGGAGUCUAUUAUAUUGAAUCAUCCAAAAGUGCAAGAUGUAGGUGUGGUGGGUCUUCCUAAUGAAGAAGCAGGAGAACUACCACUUGCAUACGUCGUGAAAAAAGAAAAUGUGAAUAUGACCGAAAAGGAAAUUAUAAAUUUUCUUGCGGAAAAAGUUUCCUCCCAGAAGAGGCUGCGUGGUGGUGUCGUUUUUGUGCCUUCAAUCCCCAAAAAUCCCAGUGGAAAAAUUCUUCGAAGAGAACUUCGCAAAAUGUUGACUACUUACAAGUCAAAAUUGUAGCUAGUAAUAAAUCUGUUCUACUUGUAAUGAAAACAAUACAAUACCACCGAUUUAGAACGCAA